AAUCCCCGAGCACCACCGGGCUCAUUGCGUCUCGGCGUAUUUCCGUAAGCGGACCAGACACUGGACUGUCUAAUUGCUAUAACGGGCAGCCGAGCUGUGUUGGUCCGCGUGCGUGUUGCAGGGUGAUUCAGAAUGGGGGACAAGCCUCUGUGGGAGCAGAUAGGAUCCAGCUUUGUGCAACACUAUUACCAGUUGUUUGACACUGACAGAACACAGCUCGGAUCAAUAUAUAUUGAUGCAUCAUGCCUUACAUGGGAGGGACAGCAGUUCCAGGGAAAAAGAGCAAUUGUUGAAAAACUCUCUAGCCUCCCCUUCACAAAAAUAGCCCAUAGUAUAACAGCGCAGGACCACCAGCCCACCCCAGACUGCUGCAUCUUGAGUAUGGUUGUAGGACAGCUAAGGGCAGAUGAAGACCCAAUUAUGGGAUUCCACCAGAGUUUCAUCCUGAAGAACAUUAAUGAUGCGUGGGUGUGCACCAAUGACAUGUUCAGGCUGGCGCUCCACAACUUCGGCUAAAGCCUCUCCUUUCUCUGGUGGGCAGGGGCAGCCAUGUUGGAGAGUGCAGUGUGAAAAAGGAAGGAGGAGUGGAAGAUGAGGAGAAGAAAGGACACUCGUCCCUCCCUCCUCCUGUCUCAUUCACACCUGUUUGACAAACACCGGAUUCUAGAUGUCAAUCACAGAACCUCAUGUGGGUGGGUUUUCAAACCACCCCAACCAGUAGAAAUGCAAAGUGUUUCUUUGCUGAGAGUCAACUGACCAAUCAGAUGCCCCUGUCUGCCCCACCACUGAUCUGCAUGACGCUGGGCGCCCCAUUACAGUAUCUACACUCAAGCCAGACCAGGAAGGCACUUACCAGCUUACUGAUGCCAUUAACUCCCACCCAUUCUACUCUACGCUAAUGCUAAUCCAUUCUUCUUGACUGCUCUACUCUACUGUUGAUGGCGCCACUGCUCUCGACUCAGUUCUGAUAGCACUACUGUUGACUGGUGUAGAUCCAUGUUCAGAUUCAGAAUCGGCUCUUUACUUUCUGCUUCUUGUGUUUUACUUUAUUUUAGAUGCCCCCUUUGUGUUGGUUUUAGCUUGCGUUUGUGUGUUCUACGAAUAAUUUCUUUUAAAAGAUGGUUAAAUAUUCCAUGAUUCAUGCUUUCAUGUCAGGUUUUGCACUAGCAAACCAAAGAAUCAUGAAAUUUGCCCAUGCUGUGUGAUUGGAGCUUAUCCGGUUCUCUCUCUUUCGUCUCUCUGACUGUCCCUCUCUCUAAUUUCUUUCUGGCAGUAAACAUGGAUACUGCAGCCACAAUACACAAUAAAACCUGGACUUUUUCUUA